AAUCAGUCACAAUACAUUACAAUCCUAUUUAGCACACACAAUUGCCUUUUCCCUUUUUUUGUUUUUAGACAGACUAAAAUUUUUACAGCCACUCCAAAAGCGACAAGAACAAAGCAUGGCAAGAGCCAAACUGCGACCGUCCACCACGAAAAUCAAGUAUCUGGGAAAACAGAAGCCACCCAUGCAAUGGCAAGCGACCUCGCAACUGCACUCGAAGAGUCGUGACCCGAAGAAAAAGAAGUUGCCAUCUAAAGCACCGCGUCGCUCUUCACCGAUAAUGCGUAGUAAGAAAGCUCCGUUGUCCGUGUCACCGCUGACUGAGGGUAUUCUCAAUACGCGCCAUAAAAUCCGCAAGAUCGUGACCAGUCAGGUGGCCAAGAAAAAAAAAGAUGCCUGGACUAACCAGCCAUAUAAGCAUCAACAGCUGACCAGCGUUGGAGUGCAGCUGCAACGCAAGACGGCAAAGACCCUGAAAUCUGGCAAGGCUGGCAAGACUGCCAAUACUGCAAUGACGGGAAAGUCUGUGAAGGCGUUGCGCAAACAUAAACGCAAGAUUCAGCAUACGGAUCCCAAAACUGCAGGCACGCCAGUUCUGUUUCUUGUAAAGGAUACGCCAAAGCGCAAGACGCAUCAUCAUCAGCUGCAGCUAAAGCAGCUAAGGCGCGAUCAGCAACAGCACCAGCAGGAGCACGAGCAGCAGCAAUUGAAGCUCCAUAAGCUGCAAAACCAGCAACGUCAGCUUGACCAGCUGCGCGGAGCACUCUACGAACGCAAUCCACGCUCCAUGCCACCCCGCUCGCAGCCACACAAUGUCAUGGAAUUCUUCUCCAAUAUGGGCCAACGUCUGCCCAAGACGCUACCGCCUAGAGAUACGCGCAUGAGCCCUGUCGAGCCAUUUGUGUGCGAUGCAGAGAUGCAGCAGCGACAGCGCUUGCAGGUACCCUUGAGCAGUCGUCUGCCCAUCAUAGACUUCAUUUCCACGCAAGAGUUCCAAAACAUGCGCAUGGCCUCUAAGCGUCCGCGUUUCGUAUAAUAGAGAGAGAGAGAGAGAGAGAGAGAGAGAGAGAGAGAGAGCGAGAGAGAAAGAUGAACAAUACCAGCGAGGAAAAGAAAGAAAAAGGUGAAGAAACUAUUGGAGAUGAGAGGAUGGAUAUAACCAGAUUGGAUGUCCACUGAAGUUCGCUUAAUAGAGAGAGAGUGAGCGAAAGAUGAAGCGAUCGAAUAAGAGGUAUUUUGGGGAAUGGAUGGGUUGAACCCGACUGGAUGUCCACUUAACCUACGAAUUUCAAGCAAAAUAGAAAGAGAGGAGGAUGGACGAAGAGAGAAUGAGAAAGAACAACACAACUAAUUAGGAAGAGAUCAUGGAGAAGGAGUGGUUUGUUGUCUGCAAAGCCUCAGCAUAUCACACACUAGAGGGAGAGAGCGAUGGAGAGAAGAACGAGAGAAAUAGGAGAAGGUUUUAUGAAAUGAGUGGAUGUGUUCAGCCAGAUUGUAUAGUAUGUCUCUGCCGCUUUCGGCUACUUUAAAGAAAUUUUAUGUGUAAGGGAAAAUUUUCAUUUGAUUUUAAGAUCUUUGAAAUAGACGAAAUUUCCGAAAGUAA